AUGGCAUCCACAUUAGAGGGGAGACGUGAAAUAGCUCUUGAUACUCUUCGUCGUACGCAGGAUGUGAUCUCGUUUACGCCGGGCGCAUCGGAUAGAUCUUUCUUUAUCAACGAUCAACUGCCCUCCCUCGAUUCCACCAAAUGCCCACAUCUACAGAGCACCAAGGUGCAUGUAGUGGGGACAGACUCAUAUACAGCAGCGAGAGAAAUACUACGUGGAUUUCCUGAGGCCAUCGGGAAGACCGCAGUGCUGAACCUUGCCAGUGACGAGAAGAGGGCGGGCGGUUGGAUGGAGUCGUUCACGAGGACUCAGGAGGAGGCGCUGUGUUACUCUUCCACCCUUUACGCGACUCUCAAAGAGGAUUAUUAUCCGUGGCCGAACCUCGGUCCUGGAUCCAUUGCAGGCAUCUUCUCUCCCGAUAUCGUCGUUUUUAAAAAUGAUCUCGAUCAUAACUGCGUCGAUCUCCCACUUGAGGAACAGAGGCUGGUCUCGGUGAUAUCCGUGGCAGCACCCCGAAAUCCGGCACUUACGAAAGAUGGGACAAGCCUCGCGAACGAGCGCGACUUGGACGACUUCAGAGGAAAGAUCAGACUGGUGUAUCGGAUGGCCGGAACCUGGGGCAAACAGGCAAUUGUCUUGGCCGCGAUGGGAUGCGGCGUCUAUGGAUGUCCGCCCCGGCAAGUUGCAAAUGAAAUGAAGUCUAUCCUCUUGGAGGAUGAGUUCAAAGGCUGGUUCCGGAGCAUCGUAUUUGCUGUUUACAAGUCCCCUGACCGUGCGACUUCUCCGAACUACGAUAUCUUCAAAGAGGUCUUCGAGGAUUUACAGGUCUAA